AUGUCAGCCGAGUCAGCCCAGACUGCCUUUGGCAGCACCAAGGAGCCUGUCUCUGGUGAGGUCUACGAGCGUCCGCAGGCCCCUUCUGAGUCGACAGACAUGGACGACCUCGAGCCUAGCGAGUUCAAUGUCGAGAACAUUGAACGAAUUUAUAGGAAACUGGACUGGCGCAUUAUACCCGCCUUCUGGGUUCUCUACUUCAUGUGCUCGGCCAUCCGCUCGAACGUUGGGCUAGCGCAGACAAUGAAUGCGAACUCCGGUCAUGACCUUGCGGAUGUGUUGCAUCUGAAUCCCCACCAGAUUUCGACUGGUUUGGCACUGUUCUAUGUUUGUUAUGUGGUGUUUGAUCUGCCUUCGAACCUGGUCAUGACCCGCCUCAGUCCCCAUGUGUGGCUGAGUCGCAUUGUGAUCAGUGUUGGUCUUAUCGGCACCUGCAUGACAGCGAUGAAAGCAGCCUGGAGCUUCUAUCUUCUUCGCCUGCUUCUGGGUAUUGUCGAGGCUGGGUUAUGGCCCGGCAUGACUUACUACCUCACGCUCUUCUAUCCGCCCUCACGAAUUGGAAAACGUAUUGGCCAAUACUUCACGGCUGCACAAGUCUCCGCAGCAGUAGUUGGGCUUGUCUCUGCAGGCUUCCAGGAGAUGGACGGCGUGCAAGGGUAUGUUGGAUUCCAGUGGAUGUUCCUGGUGUACGGUAUCAUUACUAUCGCCCUGGGAUUUGCGCAGCUGUGGUGGUUGCCCGACCGACCUGUGGCACCAGGAGCGUCGGCUCCAGAGCGCCACUGGAUGCUGCGCUGCUUGCCGCAAAGCCGCCCUGCUUUGACUGGGCGGGAUUCCAUGAUUCACUACCACGAUAUGAAACGCGUGUACCAUAAUUCGAAGUGGACUUGGGGGGAUCUGCUCCAUGUGUUCAUGGAUUGGAGACUCUGGCCACUGCUGGUCAUGUACUUCGGUGUCGUCGGGGUUGGAAUUGGCGUCCAGCUGUACGCCAACCUGAUCAUCAAGGCGAUCAACCCGUCCUUGAACGGAGUUGAUCUGAGCUUGCUCACUGCGCCCAUUUGGAUAAUGGAUCUUAUCGCUAUUCUCAUCGUCACUCCCUUCUCGGACCGUUUCCACCGCCACCGCGCACUGUUCUUCUCCAUUCCUGUUCUUCUCCAGAUUCUGGGCUUGCUGCUGACCAGCUACGCCGGCACUGAUGAAAACCCUUGGCCGCGGUACGGUGGUCUCCUGAUUGUCGGAUUCGGUCUCGGUCCAACUGUGCCCAUCACCAUGACGUGGACUGCCGAGAUCUUUCAGCCUCGGCAUGGUGAAGUUGGUGUGGCCGCGGCCUCUGCCGUGGUCUCGGGAUGGGGUAAUCUGGGCAGCAUUCUGACAACGUAUGCGCUAUAUUCGGGAUGGAAGAGUGACUAUGAGGCACCUGGGCGACAGAAGUACCGCAAGAGUAAUCUGGUCAUGGUCGGCAUUCUGAUCGCAAGUAUCCUCGCUGCGGUAUUGAUGGAGGUCUUGCUUCGGGUUGUGGAUCGUAGGUCUCGUUAUACUGGGCAGGAAGGUGAUAAUGAUGGAGUUGAUGGUGCGGCAUGUCGUGAGAUACAGCAGCGUGGUCUACAAGGGCUUGGAUCGGGAGUAAGACGGUGGUUCCGACGCGACAAAACGGACUGCGAGUAA